AUGAUGGAACUGAACUCAGAGAACAGGAGAGACCACAACGAAUUUGCUACAGCUGAGAUGUCAGAUGUUGACAAGGGCUGCUCUACUACAGGGCCGCUUCGCUAUGCAGUUGACACGGCAUGGGACCCCAGGACAAGAAUACUACGAGGAUCAGUGCAGGAUCCUGCAAUCGCCCAGAAGUUUGAGAGUGUCGCUGAAGACUCGGGGAUCGGCGCCACUUUCUCGACUCUCAAAUUCCUGCCCACCUUCUCCGCCACCUCUCCGAACGCCUGUGCCACUAUCAGAAUCGUCUACGGUGUCAUUGCCAGUCAUGUGGUCUGUACCGCGCUCGCAGCUGCCUACAUUGUCGAUUUCACAAUGGCCCUCUCUGCCGUCCACGGAGAACCAGAUCACACCACUCUAGUCAUCCGGCGCACGGCCCUCCAGCUUUAUGUCGUCUUCGUCGAAUGCACAGCAUCUGGCGCCGAUGCCUCGACAUCAUCCUCACAAGAUCCUCCGUUCGCCAUCUUUCGCCAGAUCAAGAGACGCAUCAAAUACGCCCCACGAGACUCAAUGGACCAUUUGACCGAGACCAUCCUGAAGACCUGCUUCACAGCAGCAUGGGAUGACCUCUUCGGCGAUGUCUUCACCAUAGAGAAGAAGACCAAGGUGUCCGGUGAGCUGUCUGUAAAACCCUCCCUUCCUCAGGGCCUCGUUGACAGAGCGACCGAAAUUGUCAAGACAUCAAACCCCAACACCUCAAGCUUUCACAAGCACAACCUGACAACAACGCUCAAAACCUCGUAUCGACAAGAGACGUAUCAGGAGAGACUCUCUCUCAAGUUUAACGACGCCUGGGACUCCGCAACCAAUAUACACACUCCCCGCUCUUCCACCACCACCACCGCCACCACCGCCACCAACAUCACCAACACCAACUCGGAUAGUACCGCUAAUGACUCAGGACUUGGUCUUCGCUUAUCGGUGAGCAAGGCUGUCUGA